GUGCGGGACUCCAACUCCCGGCAUGCCUCGCGGGUAGGUGCGUCACUUGUGUUCUGUUGGAAGUCUAGCGGGGAGUGGAGUCUGGAAGGCGUGUCCCGGUUUCAGAGCCUUCGCCAGCAGCUAGGAGGAAAACGCCGCUGGAGAGCCGAUAGGUGGGGCCGACUGACAGUCCGUCGCGGUUACGCCUGGUUGGGGAUAGGGUCAGGGUGGCGAGGUGAACUCCUGUGUUUCUGCGCAUCUUUUCCAUAAAUGUCUCAUAUGGAGCUGGCGUUGGACCCGGGUGACCGUGACCUGCUAGGCUUUCUGCUAGAGGAAAGCGGUGGUUUGGGUGCGGCGCCCGACGAGGCCUUGGCGUCUCCGCCGGAUUGGGAGCUGCCACUUUCUGAGUCUCUGAGCGAUUGGGACGUGGAGGAUUUCCUCAGCUGCCUGCCGAGUCCCCCAUCAUCGUUGAACGUUUUCAGCAGCUCUAACUCCUGUCUUGUCCAGCAUGACCACACCUAUUCUCUCUCACAAGAGCAUGUCUCCAUAGAUCUAGGUAAGCCUGAAAUAAGUGAAGUUUGGGAAAGGAGAGGACUCCGAGGCCUGACUACUCAUAUUUUCCCUUUUGCAGAUAAUGAGAGCUAUGGAAAAGAGGGGACUCAGAUGACUCCACUGUGUGUGGAGGAGCCGGCAGAUCAGGAGAUUGCUAGGCUGAUACUGACUGAGGAGGAGAAAAGGCUGUUGGAGAAGGAGGGGCUUACUUUGCCUGGGAUGCUUCCACUCACUAAGAUGGAGGAACAAGUCCUGAAACGAGUGCGGAGGAAGAUUCGAAACAAAAAGUCUGCUCAAGAGAGCCGUAGGAAGAAGAAGGUGUAUGUGGGGGGUUUAGAAAGCAGGGUCCUGAAAUACACAGCCCAGAAUCUGGAGCUACAGAACAAAGUACAGCUCCUGGAGGAACAGAAUCUGUCCCUUUUGGAUCAGCUGAGGAGACUCCAGGCCAUGGUGAUUCAGACAGCAAACAAAGCCAGCAGCGGCAGCACCUGUGUCUUGGUUCUACUGUUCUCCUUCUGUCUCCUCCUCGUACCUGCUAUGUACUCCUCGGACACAAGAGGGAGCCUGCCGGCUGAGCACAGAGUGUUGUCCCGUCAGCUUCGUGCCCUCCCCAGCGAGGACCCCCCACAGCUGGAGCCACCUGCCCUGCAGUCAGAGGUACCAAAGGACAGCUUGGACCAUGAGCUCCAGGCUGCUAGCAACUCUUGCUGCCUCUUCCUUCUCAUGCCCCAGGCUCCUAGAGCAGAGCCUCCCCUGCAACUGCCACUGCCUGAUAGUUUCUCAGAGUGCUCCUGCCCAGAGUCCAUUUCUCCCCUGCAUGCGAAUCUCACAAGAGAGGAAGGAUGGCUCCCUAUUCCCAGGCCCACAUCUGUUAUCUUGCAGGGCAGAUACUCAGGCUAGAUGUGAGGAUGUGGGGGCCCUCUGUCAGUGUCUCGUGCCCCCUAGUCUGUGUGUGGAGGAAAGGGAAUGGGAGAGGGCUAGCCUCAGGUCCUGUGCCCUGUCAGGAAGCCUGAGGACUCAAACACACCACACUCACUGGUUUUCUGGGUCUUUUAUUUGAACCUGUGUAUGUCUGUCACCCCAUGAAAGGGCCUAGGAGAAUCAGAUGACCUCCCUGAACACGUCAUGCAGUGAGGGGAUGGGGUGAAGAAAGAAAUAAAUAAGUGAUUCUGAUA